AUGGCUGGCGCUGUCCCUGUCUCUACCUCAGCAGAUGACUCCCCCAUGGGUGCAUCACCGCUUGGUCCCGUGUUCGAUAUGCAAGGAGGCCAUGCGCAACUCAAUGCAAACAGACAAUGUCUGGCCGACACCAUGGCGCAAUACCCAUCCCAACUAGCCAUGUCCUCGACGCCGGUCCACAACCUUGGUGUUGAAGCGGAAAUGUCCAUGCUGGGCUUCUCGCCCGAUGACAGUGGGCAUAACGAUAAUGUCUUUGGGCCCUAUUCGUUUGGGGCACCCAAUCCCAACAACAGCGGCUAUGUUAUGUCCAACAUGACAACGCAGGCGCUUCCGGCCACAUCUCUUCGGCAUAACUCCUCUUCAGCAUCGAUAUCGCCUACCGACUUUACCAAUCCGCAGAACCCCUUUUCCAAUCUGUCGUCGGACAUGCUCCACAACAUGCUGACGUACUCGGGCCUGGAUCUGAGCCAAAUAUCCAUUCCCAACCAGGCAGCACAGUUAGACGGAUCCCAGUUAAACUUUUACUCUCCUGUCGACUCCAGAACGAACGCUGCUGCUCAGGCAGCAGCCGCGAGCAGCGGCUUAAACAGCCUGUCAGCGGCCAACUUCAUGUCCACAAUAGAGAGCCUGGACAGCAUGGACAUGGAGAACCCUGCGGCCAUUCAAGGCGGUGGUGCGGCCAGCACUCUAGAUGCCCUUUCGGGGCAGCACCAAUUGCCCAACCCUUAUUCGGCUGUGCCUCCGGGAGCGCUGUCACUGUCGGUAUCGCAGCCAAGACAGCAGAGGCCCAUCUCUCUACACGCCCAAUCGCUCCUGCAACAGGAUGCCACCGGUCUUGGCCCCACGUCAUCUUAUCCGCCAACGUCUGCAGUUGCAGGUCCUCCACACUUGACCGCCAUGUCCACAUCAGACCACCAUGUCGGCCUCACGUCACUUCCAACUCCUUAUUCACCCCUUGAGCCCACAACGUCAUUAGCAGAAGCAUUACCCUCCUUGAAGCAGAGAGCGUCGUCAAUGCAACAUGCUUCGGCCGCUGCUCCGGGAGAGGCCCCCAUAGACCUUGUCGCACCGGCAGUGCCCCCUUCGAAUGCUGUCGGAUCAUCGGGACUACCCGCGCAGGGGCUUGUCACAAGUUCCGCGACCGCGUUGAGCCUUGCUGGCUCUACAAACCCGUCGUCUCCUACAGCGCUCAGCAAAAAGCCUGUCAAGAAUUACUACUCAACCAGCGGAUUCGACAUGAUCCGCGCGCUCUACUACGUAUCUUCGCGACCGAACCCAGAAAUCGACAUUGGGCCGGUGGACCUCUCCUGUGCCUUUGUGGUGUGCGAUGCCACGCUCAAUGAUUACCCCAUCAUCUACGUGUCUGACAACUUCCAGCACCUGACGGGAUACAGCAGCUACGAAAUUAUCGGGCAGAACUGUCGGUUCCUGCAGGCGCCGGACGGCAAGGUGGAGGCCGGGUCGCGACGCGAGUUUACAGAUAACAAGGCAGUGUACAACCUUAAGCAGAAGCUGGAAUCCGGACGAGAGGUCCAGCAAAGCCUGAUAAACUACCGCAAGGGCGGAAAACCAUUCUUGAACCUCCUCACGAUGAUUCCAAUACCGUGGGACGACUACAAGGGGGGCUACAAAUACUUUAUCGGGCUGCAGAUCGACCUUGUGGAGUCACCCGACGCGAUCUCCGGCCAGUCCACACACUCGGUGCGCAUCGACUAUUCGCACAGCAAUAUUCCGCAGUACAUCUGGGACCCGCCGACGGCGGCUGGGGAAUGGGGCGCCGACAAUGGGCGGACGCUCGGAAAGGACGAUGUAUCGACGCUGCUGCAGCAAUUCAACGCCAGUGGCGGCUUUGGCAUAGGUGGCACUGCCGUCAACGCCGGAGCCAGCGUUGGCUUGGGUGGCGGAGAGGGCAGCGGGCUGGUGCCAUCAAACCUGCACAGCCAGUCGUGGGACAAGAUGCUGCUGGAGAACGUGGAUGACGUGGUGCAUGUGCUGUCGCUCAAGGGCGUGUUUCUGUAUCUGUCACCGUCAUGCAAGGCGGUGUUGGAAUACGACGCAGCAGACCUGCUAGGGAACUCGCUCUCGUCGAUCUGCCACCCGUCAGACAUUGUGCCGGUGACGCGCGAGAUGCGCGACACGCAGGCUGGACAGUCGAUCAACUGCGUGUUCCGGGUGCGGCGCAAACGCAGCGGAUACACCUGGUUUGAGAGCCACGGGUCGCUGCUGGUGGAGCAGGGCAAGGGGCGUAAAUGCAUUGUGCUGGUGGGCCGCAAGCGGCCAGCCUUUGCGUUGCACCGCUGCGACGUGGACGCCAACGGGGGCAUUGGAGAUAGCGAGCUGUGGAUGAAGCUGUCGACGUCGGGCAUGGUGUUGCACGCGUCGCCAAACAUGCGGUCGCUGCUGGACCUGCAGCCGGACUCGCUGAUUGGCACGAGCAUGCAGGAUCUGAUGCGCAAAGAAUCGCGUUCGGGCUUUAACCGGUCGCUGGAAAAAGUGCGGCGCGGCAUCAUGGCGUCGUGCCAUCACGAGGUGCAGCACCGACGCGGGCAGGUGCUGCAGGCGUCGACAAUCCUGUACCCGGGAGACGCAGAGCGGGGGCAGAAGCCGACGUUUGUGCUGGCGCAAACACGACUGCUCAAGCCGGCGUCGCGCAAUCGCGAGUCGAUGGCGUCGUCGUCAACGACGACAACGACGACAACAGCGACGACAGCGAGCAGCGUCGAGGAGCUGGGCGGGCGUGCGGGAGCGAUCGGACAGGUGGCGGACCCAGACACACAGACAGGCGGCUUUCUGUCGUCGGCAGGCGGCGGAGCGGUGCAGCUGGGGUCUCAGGACGCGGCGCUGGCGGCCGACGAUAACAUCUUUGACGAGCUCAAGACGACGCGCUGCACCAGCUGGCAGUAUGAACUGCGGCAGAUGGAGAAGGCGAACCGGGUGCUGGCCGAGGAGCUGGGUCAGCUGCUGGCCAACCGGAAGAAGCGCAAGCGGCGCAAGGGCGUUGGCAAUGUGCCGCGGGACUGCGCCAACUGCCACACGCGCAACACGCCGGAGUGGCGACGGGGACCCAGCGGCCAGCGUGACCUGUGCAACAGCUGCGGGCUGCGAUGGGCGAAGCAGGUCGGCCGCGUGUCGCCGCGCAACUCGGCACGAGGAGCUGGAUCAGGGGUCGGUGCUGGUAGCAGAAACAAUGGGGCCGGCAGGACGAGCGGCGAUGCUUCCGGCAAGAAGUCGAUUGACGGCGGCGGCAGCAGAGAUGAAAGCGGAAAUGGAAACGGAAGCGGAAACAACGGGAACGGUCACAGUCAUGGCCAGGCCCGUCACCAUCAGACGGCUCAUGGCGCCAACGGUAGCGGAACGGCAGUUACCCAGGAGAAAACAGGUAGCACGGAGGCUUAUCAGGUUGGCGGCGGUGGCCAGGACGCCAACGGAGGCCUUGGCGGCUACGGCGGACAUUCUACGCCCCGCAGCAGCGAUCCGGCAGCAACAGGAGGCACUGGGCCGUCGCUGGCGCUGGCGUCGGAGAUGGAGCCGAUCGAGGAAGAGAGAGAGGCGGCCUGA